AUGAUAUUCCUUAUUUAGACAUCUACUUCAUAGUUGAUUUCAUUGCCAAUUACUAUCCCCUCUUUAAUUGCAUAUUUCAUUUGUCUAUUCAUCUCCUAUAUUAUCUUCUAUUUAUUGUUCUGUUCAUCGUUUGUAUUUAAUCGCUAAUUUCAUCGUCUGUUUUAUCCCCUAUUUCAUCGAAUAUUUCACCCCAAAAUUCAUCGCAUCAUCACUCCCCUAUUUCAUUUUCGAUAUAUAGUCAAUUUCAUCCCCUAUAUCAGAGUCCAUUAAUGGCCUAUUUCAUUCUUUAUAUUUCAUCACCUAUUUCAUCUAGUACCAUCCCCUAUUUCAUCUAAGAUUUCAUUGCAAUUAAAAUAGGGGGUUCCUCAAAUUUUUAUUUUUUUGUAACCCCAACAAUAUUACAGGCGAAUAAGAGAGGAAGCGAAAUGCAAGCCUUUGAUCAAACCCAUAAGGAAUCCCUUUUUAAUUGAUAUUGCUUUCUAAAGUAUAAGCAUCUUUAUCAAAAGUCUACAUUAAAAUAAUUUUUUCAUUCAACUUUUUUUUUCUUAAUGUUCCUUAAGAAUCUGGAAUCCAAUAUUUAUUUUACUUAAAUCAUCUUUUCAAAAGCUUUUAUAAUCAAAUAGUUGA